CUGAAGUUUUGAAGUCUUAGUUGGAACGAUUUUGAUGGUGAGAAAAUUGAAGAGUUUUGGAGGAGUUUGUCAAACUGUCCAAAUAAUACAAUAGCAUUAGAAUCACUAGAUUUGUCUGAUUGUGGGCUUGAAGGCCAACUGCCGGACUCCUUAGGAAUGUUAACAAGUCUGCAGCAUCUACACCUUUCGGGGCUCCUACUUUGGGGUUCAAUUCCAGAAUCUAUUGGAAACUUGUCAUCCUUGAAAACACUGGACUUGUCUAAUAAUUAUAUGAACGGCUCCAUUCCAGAAAGUUUGGGAAAACUCUCCCAGCUAGCUGAACUUGAUCUGUCUUAUAAUUCAUGGGAAGGCAUUCUAACGAAAGCCCAUUUCAUAAAUCUCACCAGAUUAAAAGCCUUUUCAAUAUCCAGUGAGAUAAAAGCAAAGCCCACGUCCCUCGUUUUAAAUGUGGCUUAUGAUUGGGUUCCUCCUUUCAAACUCCACACGCUUGACAUUGAACACUGCAGAGUAGGUCAUGGUUUUGGGGCAUUGAUUCAAUCUCAGACUGAACUAGUAGUUGUCAGGCUUCAUAAUACUUUCAUCUCGGAUUCCAUACCAGAGGAAUGGUUGUCGAAGAUAUCUUCCCAAGUCAAACAUUUGGAUUUAUCUUACAACAACUUCAGUGGAAGGCUUCCAUUACAUUUGAAGUUUCCAAAGCUACAGAGUUUCAAUUUGGGUCAUAAUCAAUUGGAAGGCCCGCUUCCACUUUGGACCACUAAAGUCAACUUCCUUGAUCUUCACAACAAUUUAUUUUCCGGGCCAAUUCCCUCCAAUUUAGACCAAUUUAUGUCACAAUUGAAUUAUUUGGAUGUUUCUGAGAAUAAUUUGAAUGGUACUAUUCCACUCUCUAUUUGCAACAUGAAGGAUAUGGAAGUCAUUUUGCUAAGACACAAUCAACUAUUUGGAGAAUUCCCUCAACAGUGGAGUUUGUGGAGUAGAAUACGCAUUAUUGACGUCUCACACAACAAUCUUUCUGGUAAUAUUUCGAGUUCAAUGGGUAUCCCAAGUUCUCUUGAACAAUUUAAGGUGAAUAAUAAUAAUUUUGGUGGUGAGAUUCCUUUUUCCUUGCAAAAUUGUAGUGAUUUGGUCAUACUUAAUCUUGAACACAACAAAUUCACUGGAAACCUACCUUUAUGGCUUGGAUCAAACGUAUCCACAUUGCAACUGUUACAACUGCGAUCCAACCUUUUAAGCGGGCAUAUCCCCCACCAUAUCUGCAAUCUUCCCUACCUUCAUGUCCUAGACCUUGCUCACAACUUCUUUUCAGGGACCAUUCCCAAUUGUUUGAAAAAUAUGACUUGUCUAGUUGAAGUUAAUGUUGCAUGCCAUAAUUUCACCUCAUAUGAUACAUAUUAUGGAAGAACAACAAUAACGUCAAAAGGGAAAGAGCUCGAAUAUGAAGAUGGCCAGUUAGCCAUGUGGGGAAACAUGAUUGAUCUUUCGUCAAACAAUUUUGAAGGUGAAAUCCCUGAACAAGUAGGCAGGCUGGUUGAAUUGAGUACGUUGAACUUGUCGAUGAAUCGAUUAAUUGGAGAGAUUCCUUCAAGCAUCGGAAAAUUACGCUGGCUUGAAACUCUUGAUCUCUCACACAACCAGCUUUCAGGACAUAUCCCUCAAAACUUUUCUUCUUUAACCUCCCUAUCUCACUUGAACUUAUCUUACAACAACUUGAUUGGAAAAAUACCUUCAGGAAACCAACUCCAAACCUUCGAUGAUCCAUCUAUUUAUGAACACAAUCCAUCAUUGUGUGGGGCUCCUCUUUCAAUUGUAUGCCCUACAGAUGACACAAAAACAAGACAAACUUUUCUUACAGAAGAUCACAGUAAAGAUGAUGAGGAAAGGUUUUGGUUUUACGUCGGCAUGGCACUUGGUUUCAUCAUAGGCUUUUGGGCUGUUUGUGGAACGUUGGUCCUAAAAGAGUCAUGGAGGUAAGGGAGAUUAUGAUACGAAGAGAAAAUAAAAAUGUGCAUGCGUGUUCUGGUGGGCUACUGGUCCUCCUGUUGAUGCUGAAGCUUACUUUUGGAACAUGUCUUAGCUUUUAAAUUGUUGCUUUUGCUAGUUUUUUAUUUGGUUUGGCGUGUUUUGUAUUAGUGUGCUUUCCUCACUUUGUGUUUUGGGUCUCUCACGAGGGGCAAUGGAUCUUGUCAUAGCUUCUAGGUGUUACUCUUUUAUUUGUUCAAUAAAUUUCUCUUGUACUGUUAAUUAUCAAAACAAAGGAAAAAGAAAAAAAAAAACAAUAACACUAAGCAUGUGUGCACUUGUCGUCGAUAAAAUAAAUGAAAGGAACUAGGAUGGUAUAUUGACAUAUGGGUUUUUUUUUUUUCUUUUCUUUUCACUCUUGUCUAUCUUAUAAGAAAUGAGUUAAAAAGAGAUACUUCUAAUUAUGAAACUAUUGGUGCGUUUACCUCAUCAAAUUUUGAAGAGUCUCUCACCACCUAAUUUCCAUCCCAUUUUAUUCACAGUUUGCUUAAGCCGCAUUACAUGUCAAGUUAAGAAAGCGCUCAUGAAAAUAUGCAUGAGUGUAGAAAUAUAAGAUAUUGUUACCUUGUUAAU